AUUUGGGUCAAAAAUGUAUUUGCUCCUAUUUUUAACAUUGUGUGUCGCACUUGCAUCAACAUAUUAUACUGAAAUAUAUGACAAACGAUUUGCUGCAUCUUUGUACAAGGAGUUGGCAAAAAAUUUCGAGAAUUUUAUCGUAAGUCCUCUUCUGAUUGAAACAGCUUUCGCUGCAGUUUAUUUGGGAAGUUCCCACAGAACGAGUGAAGAAAUUCGAACUGUGUUUCAUUUAUCCGCGAACAAUGAAGAAAUUGCAGAAAAAUACAAAAAUCUACUCUUGUUUUUUACCAAUCGAGGCUACAAACUCCAUAUUGCAAACAUGAUUUUUUUCAUAGAUAGAGUACAAAUUGUUCCAGCUUGGCAGAGACAAAUCGAUUAUAAUUUCGGAGUGGGAACUGAAGUCCUGGAUUUGAUAAAUAAAGAUGCGACGGUGCACAAAAUUAACCGUUGGUUUCGGGAGCAAACUAAUAAUAAAAUCGAUGAAAUUGUAUCACGGGAAGAUUUGGAUGCAGAACCGAGUUUUUUGCUUCUUAGCGCUCUACAUUUCCAAGGCUCUUGGGCUCAAAAAUUUUUGAAAAAACGUACACGCAAGGAUAUUUUUUACAAUAAUGGGGAAGAAAAAGUCUCUGUUGAUACGAUGUACCUCCUUGGACAUUUCAAUUUCGGAAAAAGCGAGAAUUUAGAGGCCAAAUUUUUGCAACUAUUUUUCACAAAACAGGAAGCUUCGAUGGUUAUAGUUCUUCCGGAUAAAAUUGACGGGAUUUAUAAACUUGAAACAGAAAUUGAACAAGUUUUUCAAUUUAGAGAUUUUAAGAUCACAGCAAUGGACAUUUCGCUACCAAAAUUCCAAAUGGAGAGCAACAUCGAUUUGAACAGUAUUCUGCGAAAAUUGGGUAUCAAAGUCGCUUUUAUUGAAGGAAAAGCCUCACUGCAUGAAACUGUGACAUGUUAUAAAUGUCGAUCGCCGUACAUUUCUAAAGCUUCUCAAAAAACUUAUCUAAAAAUUAACGAACAAGGAGCUAACGUAGAGACAGCUCGAGACUUUUCAACUCAUAUUUCUGAGAGUCUGCACUAUGAGCAAUUUAAAGCCGACCAUCCAUUCAUAUUUUACAUCAAAAUAAAAGAAGUUGUGGUGUUUAUUGGCCGUAUCGUCGCUUUUUAAUUGAGUUAGCAA